GCAUUGCGGGUUGCAGCCAUUCAGUAUAUUAAUGUUAUGGGGAAGGUAAAAUUAUUCCAAUUUUCUUAUUAAUUAAAUUAUAGUGUUAUUUUAGACAGAAAUAUUUAAUAUUUUUGAGGAGAAUGCUUAUUUUAGAAGAAAUGAAAGGAAAGCAACGUCACCACUAGGAAGUGAAAUAUGACAACUUUAAAGAGCCAACCAGAUGCAAACCACGUGACUGAGGAGGCGAAGACAGAAGGGAAUGCAUCAAACUCUGAGAAUAAAUCGGAGAAAAACUGCAUUUUGGAUGCUGUUCAAAAUAAUAACGUCUCGACAGCACUACAGAAAAAGAAGGGAAAUGUAUAUAAACCUGCUAAAGCUGAUUAUGAAAAGGCUAGGCAAAUACUUCUGGAAAAUAAUGUUGUUAAAUUGAAACCAAAGCCUAUAGUUAUUAAUUUGAAAAAUAAUGCUGUUGAAAAUCAUCCUGUAAGUAAAAAUGGAGAUGAUGAUGAUGAUCAGGCAGCAGAAGAAGCAAAAGAACAGCCAGACAGUUUUGUAGAAACACUAGUUAUUGAUGUUGAGAAUUCUGAAGAUCAAAUAGAGGAACUUAAUAGAGAGUUUGAGCAGAAAGUGGAGUGGCUUGCAGAGAUGAUUGCGAUUUCCCGUCGUAAAUUUAAUAGUAUGAAGAAGAAGAAAAAGAAACGUAAAGUAAUUCCAGUGAAGCAAACUGAAGAUGGGAAAUAUGAAUGUGAAAAAUGUAAGAAGCAAUUUGCCUCUGUGAGCAGUAUUUAUAGUCAUCAGAGUGUUCAUAGGAGAGUCAGACCAUAUAAGUGUAAAGUAUGUCACAUGCGUUUCAAAGAUGGGUCUAGUUUAAAGAACCACAGUACGAUUCACACAGGUGAGAAACCGUAUGAAUGCCAGGAAUGUAAGAAUAAAUUCAGAUUAAAAGGUGAUUUGAAAAAACAUCUUCGAACACAUACCGGAGAAAGACCCUUUCCCUGUGAAGUUUGUGGCAAAAAGUUAACUACAAAAACAACAUGGACACUUCAUAUGAAAUUACAUAAAGGAGAUAAGCCCUUUAAGUGUAAGAAAUGUGAUAGAAGGUACGUUGCCCAGUCUUGCCUAAACAAGCACAUGAAGCUUGCACACAAAAGAUAAAGUUUAGGUUUUGAUCUAAAAGGCAACCAAGAGUAAAUUAUUAAGAAAUAGCAAUUAGUGUGAUGUUGUAAAUACUACUUUAUUUUCUGUUAAAAUACAUUUAUGCAAAUGUAUCUGUUUAUAUAAAUAAAUACUUUAUGGUGAUAAAUUUUCAAGUUUUAUUUCAACGAAUAGACGUUGAUUAAAAUUUGCUUGUGCAGAGUUAUAUCUGUAUUUUAUAAUAGCAGCACUUCACUUAGAGAUUUCCAAAUUUACUCAGAGCUAUAAAUUUAUUUCAUAAUUUAUUUUUCCAUUAUGUGUUUAUAAAUUAAACAACAAAUUACAAAAAAGUAUACAGAACCCUGAAAAAUUAUCUUAGAAUCUAAGAUACAGAUGUAACCUUUAUAAUUCUGAAUGAUCAUCAUCCUUAUAAAGUUACUGCAUUGCCAUAUGCAAUAACUUUAUAAAGAUGACGAUCAUUCAGAAUUGGAUGGGUGUCAAAGUUGUAAGGCAAAGAUUUGAUGUAAAUAAUAAAUUUAAAAAUAUAUCCUUAACAACAAAAAAGAAAUUUGUCGUUUUGAUAAAUUUAUUACUUUAUUGCAAACAUUUUUGUGAUACAGAUCAGGCUAAAUCAAAAUGAAAGCAAUUUUUGACUCCACUGUGCAGACAUUAAGAGAGUUUUUAUUCCAUACCUAUUGUGGGUUUGGUCAGGCCAACAAUAUGAGCAACUGAGUGGUG